UCAUCGUUUCAUGCUGUUCGUCUUGGUGCCUCCAUCAUUGGUGGGUGUCGUGUUAUUUGUGUUGCCUUUCGUCGUUCGUUUUGCUUCUGGCAUCACUUGUGUUUUCUUUGGUGCUUUUUCUCGUUGCCGUAUAACUAACUUCCCACUUUUCUUUCAACAGCUAUUUGUCUUAGUGUCUCCAUUAGGAGCGGGUGUUGCGUUAUUUGUGUUGCCUUUGAAUGGCUUUCGUCGUUCGAUUUGCGCGUUGUCAGUUUCGUGCUGUCGUUAUUCAUAUUGCCUUUGCGAAUACUAUUUCGUCGUUGUUGGAGGUGCCGUCGCCCUUGAUAUUGGAUGUUGUGGGUGGUUUGAUUAUGCCGUUCAAA